UACAAACAAACAACAUCCGGUGAUGGUUUAAACUACAAAAACGUCAAAUUUGCCAAAAGUUAAUUUAAAUAAUUAUUUAAAAAUUGUAUUAUUAGAAAAAAAUGACGACUUUGCCAAGGGAAGUUUUAAAGUGGCUUCAGAGUCUAGAUUUAUCUUGGAAAAUAAAGAACCCGAAAUGGGACCUCUCAAAUGGCUAUCUGAUAGCUGAGAUAUUUUCAUGGUAUUUUCCCCAUGAUAUUCAAAUGCAUAGUUAUUACAACAGAGACUCAUUAGAAUUAAAAAGACGAAACUGGUUUCUUUUGAAAAACUUUAUUCUAAAAAACCAACUUGAUCUUAUGAUGGAGGAUAUUGAAGGCACUAUACACUGCAGAGAAGGUGCGGCAUCACAGUUGAUUGAAAACAUGUAUGAAAUUCUUACAAACAGAAAGGUAAAGAAAAUACCACCAGAAAUUGAAGUAGAUUACACUGAUUAUGCUUAUCAGCAGCAGUUGCCUAUGCAUGCAAGAUCAACUGCUUCAAAAGCAAUUAAAAAUAACUUAAGGCUUACAGAAAUCAUAGCAGAUCAAAAUAUCAUAGCUUCAGCAAACAAGCCAGAUUGGUUUUCUGAGAGAACAGUGUUGAAGACACAAAAGAUCAUUAAUGAUCACAUUGAACAUCGAAGACAACAGAGAAUGGAUGAUCCUAAGAGGUUUGGUAUUAAGCUUAGUAUAGGUGACCGAUGUGUGAGACAGCCAAACCAUCAAAUCAAAGCCCUAUCUGAGACCAGUCACAUGACCAGUGCCACAGACAUGUAUUCUGAGCUAGAUGGUGAUCAUGAAAGUGAGAGCCAAAGUCCAAUUACUAGAGAACCAAGUGUACACUUUAAAGAAGUUGAAGUCAAACAAAUGGACAAAUCUGCUUUAUAUCAUAUGCCUUUACAUGGUUACUAAGUAACAAAAAGUCAAAAAUAAUUGUUAUUAUUGUUUUUAUUAAAUAGAAUCACUGAAUUCAGUCACUUAUUAGCUUACACAAAAAAUUUAUUUUUGUUUUUGCAGCUGUGCUUUUAAAAAAUGUUUAUACCUAAAAUACUUGCUUUAGAAGUAUUCGUCAUACAAGAUAGUUUUAAAAUGUUUCCUAAACUUUGAAAACAAGGUAUUCUGUAAAAAUUAUUGACUGAUGAUUUAUUUAAAAUGAAAUUAUCUUAAUUUAAUGAAAUGAUCUUUUUAAAACUAUGAUAUUGUAUUGACAUAGUUUUGUAUCAAACUGAUAUCCAUAAGUGGAUAAAUAAAAAGAAUAAAAACACUCCAAAAAUAGUAAAGGAACACCCACAGUGAUAAAAUGUAUAUUUACAAAAUUUGUGAACAAAAUGAAAUUUUAAGUGGUUUUAUUUUAUGUUGUUUAAAACACAUGAAUUGUGUAUACCCUUUAUCUUAUUAACAAAACAAGUUUUAGAAUGUUGAAGAAUAUUUGAUAUGUAAUUAUACCAUUAGUAUUAUAAAUGCAGAUAACAUUUGUCUUUAUUCUUUUUUUUCCUGAGGCAUUGUUUGAACAACAUAACAUUGUAAUUCACAGGCUAAAAAACUCAAACAAUAAACAGUGUUAAAAUAGUUAACUUCUUCAUUUGUAAUGUUGACAAACAUAUUUGCUUGAAAGAUUCGACAGAAAUACUCCAAUCACAAUUUAUGUUUUAAAAAUUAUAGAAAUGACUGGGUUCAUCUUGACUAGUCUUAAAUAAGUACUGUUAAAAAAUGUUGAGGAUUGUAACAUUUAGACAGGAGAGUUUCAAAUUAAAAUAUAAACAA